UGCAACACUCACUUCUUACAGAAACGAGUGGAAGAAAGGGGAAGGUGAAAGGGAUGCUCUCGUCGAUUUCUUCUCCGCGAUUCGGUCAGCUUCGAACUGUGUUUUCUUCCUCUGUUCGACUUCUAUCAGUCAAACCCGUUUCAGAGUUUGAUCCCAGGAGUUCUAAAUUUCCAGUGGAUCAAUCUGAUUUCGAUCAGAAAACGGUAUGCGAAGCGCUCACCUGUUACAGUAACGAUUGGAAGAGAGCGAUGGAGUUCUUCAACUGGGUCCAGACGGAAUCUGGAUUCACACACACCACCGAAACGUUCAAUCGGAUGAUCGACAUUCUGGGUAAGUUCUUCGAGUUCGAAACUUCAUGGGAUUUGAUACACCGCAUGUCCGAAAGUGCAAUUUCAGUCCCAAAUCACGUGACUUUUCGUAUUAUGUUUAAGCGUUACGCGAUGGCUCAUCUCGUUCAAGAGGCUCUAGAUACGUUUUACAAGCUUGAUGAAUUCAAUCUGAGAGAUGAAACAUCCUUUUGUAAUCUCGUCGAUGCGCUUUGCGAGUAUAAGCACGUGGUUGAAGCAGAAGAGCUGUGUUUCGGGAAGAAGAAGAAGAUUGAUAAUGGCCUUAAUGUCAGAAAAACUAAGAUUUAUAAUAUGAUUCUUCGCGGGUGGUCAAAGAUGGGUUGGUGGGGUAAGUGCAGGGAGUUUUGGGAGAAAAUGGACAACGAUGGUGUUGCUAAGGACUUGUUCUCAUAUUCGAUUUAUAUGGAUAUAGUGUGCAGGAGUCGAAAACCAUGGAAAGCUGUGAAUUUGUACAAGGAAAUAAAGAGGAAAGGGAUAAAACUGGAUGCGGUGGUUUAUAACACUGUUAUCCGAGCAAUUGGACUGUCACAGGGUGUAGACUUUGGCAUCAGGGUGUUUCACGAGAUGAGGGAAUUGGGUUGUGAACCGAGCGUUGCGACGUAUAAUACGGUGAUCAAGCUUCUCUGUGAAAAUGGGAGGAUGAAGGAUGCAUAUGGGAUGCUUAACGAAAUGCCCAAGAGAGGCUGUUCCCCAAAUUCCAUUACUUACAACUGUUUCUUUCGUUGUAUGGAGAAACCGAGAGAGAUCCUUUAUCUGUUUGAUAGGAUGAUUGGCAGCGGUAUUCGACCGAAAAUGGAUACUUAUGUGAUGCUUCUGAGGAAGUUUGAGAGGUGGGGCUUUCUUCGGCCAGCUUUAUAUGUGUGGAAGAAAAUGAAAGAGUUAGGGGAUACUCCUGAUUCAGAUGCGUAUAAUGCUCUGAUCGAUGCUUUGAUUCAGAAAGGAAUGUUGGAUAUGGCUAAGGAUUACGAAGAGGAAAUGAUGGCGAAAGGGUUAUCUCCAAGAAGAAGACCGGAGUUGGUAGAUUCGUGUCCUGAAGAAAAACCAGUUUGUAGAUAAUUCGGACCUCUUCCAGGUAUUUUUUUUCCACAUAUUAAGAUAGUCUCCCAACUCAAGUUUCAGGGAGGUUCUGCUAGAGAUCAAGCGUUCGCGUAAAAGGGUUUUCAAAUCACGUCCUGUCCUGUCUGAUUUAGACAGACUGCCAUGGAAAAUUCUGUCCAAUCUAUCUGGAUCUGUUCUGUUGAUAGUACGGUUGGUUAUUUGUUCAGCAGACAAGAAAACGAAGCAGGGGAAGGAGCUUCCUUCUUGUCCUAAAUCCGGCACUGACAUUGAGAAACCUCCUCUGGUUGAAGAAACCAUCAUCCCUUCCAUGUCCAAGAUUUGCAAAUCCUGUGUACAUCUCAAGUGUCAGAGUCUUGACUCAAACUCGGGCUUGUCUUAUGGCUCGAGAGGAUGGUGUGAGUUUGCUUAGAGAGCAAGGCAUAUCCUCCUGAACGCGAAGAAGAGUCUGCAAACCUCUGGAACGGGACGAGAAAAGUAGAAAGUGCUCGUCAUGGACGAGACGAUGGAGGAUGUCAACAGGUACUAGGACUGGAAUUGGAAGGUCAGAGUCGGAAAACUAGUUGAAGCUCUAUGGGCGUGUAGGGUUCAUGGAAGCUUCUUGCCGUUGCUAUUGAUAUAUCACUUGCAGGUGGCAGAUGCUUUCUUUUGGCGUGGAGCUCAAUCCUCAAUGAGGUUGAUUCGCUUGAGAUGACUAUGAAGUGAACUGAAGUAAUGGAAUUUGUUCUUUACAGAUUACAAUGGUUACGAAAAUGUAUAGAAAUGUUGAUUCAACUUCUCCAUGUGAUUCUAAAUGGAAUCUUCGUUUAUAAUAUUUCUUUUUUCCCUUCAA